UAGACUCCCUUUGCGCGCCAAAAUCAUGACAACAAUAACAAGAGUUACGUCACUAGACAGGUUGCUGCUCGACUCUUCUCAUCACUAUUCUCAGCUUGACACCAUUCGACGUUGCUCGCUUACCACUUUCAGAGCUGCAGUGAUCUCCAGAAUGUCAAGGGCUGGGAAAAAAUGCAGAUGUGUUAAGCAGGAGAAUAUUUUGAAGUACACGGUGCCCAUAAGUGACAAACUUUCAACACAGAGAAGUCCUAAAGUUCUUGAGGACAUUACAGAUGAACAGCUCCAAAACAAAAAGGAGAACAUCUUGAAGUACAUGGUACCCACAAGAGGCACCACACUGGGACAGGAGGUUUGCAAAGUUUAUGAGGAUAUUACAGAUAAACAGUUCCAAAGCAGAAAGAAUCCUAUGCUUGCCGGUGAUGAGGAUGAACCACUGAAGAAGAAAAUGAGGAAUGGCCAAAAUGGAGAAAUUGAACGAUGUGUGAUGAGAGGAGAAAGAGAAACUAGCAGUAGGUCAACAUCAAUGGAAGCAAAAAUCAAAAUUGAAAAAUUAAUGAAUGAUGAGAAUGAAGAAACGAAUGAUGAGAAUGAAGAAACGAAUGAUGAGAAUGAAGAAACAAAUGUUGAUUAUGAAGAAACGAAUGAUGAGAAUGAAGAAAGGGAAGACUCAAAAGAGAAGGCACUACUGGAUCUGCCACAACUCACAAGUCUCUCGGAGUACGAGCUCAUGAUUCAACGAAACAUUGCUGAAAAGCAGAGGUUUUUUGAGUCCCUAAAAAUUCAAGAGGUGAAAGAUGAAUUAAAUAAGGCGAUAUCCCAGCCAGCUAAGAAGCCGUCAUAUAAAGGAAUAGCUAAAGCACAGGAAUCUCGUGAACCAGUGGUGACGCGCAAAAGUUUAAGGCAGCAGAACAAAUCACCAGAUGGGUUGCAACUUCCAGAUAAACUAGUGGAGGAUGAUGUUAUUGAAGGUCCUUUUCGGCCCCCACCUGGUCCUGCACCCUUGAUAGAUUAUUACACGUCCCAAAACACAAAGGAGUGGAACGUGUUCUUGAAAGAUUUGCAAAAAAUGUCAUUAGAUGGAGGGGGAGAAUCCGUUUGGUCUGGCAGUGUUGCAAGUGUGCUGCAGACAAUGAAAAAGAUGAACAUCACGGAGGACCGUGUUGCCAAGGUGGUACCCAAUCGGGUUUGUUCUGCACAGAUCCACCCAGCUCGAGACAAGACUCUUGUACUUGCUGGUAGUAAAUGCGGUGAAUUGGGAAUCUGGGAUGUUGAACGCAAGGAUAAAACCUCUGGUGCAUAUUACUUCACUCCUCACUCUCGGCCUAUCAAUUGCAUUACCGUUGAUGCUUGGAAUCCCGAAUGUAUAUACACGACAAGUUAUGACGGCUCGCUCAGAAGAACAAACUUAACAGCGGGAUUGGUAGAACAGGUAUAUUGCUAUGUUGAUGAAGAGUGUUAUAGCAGAUACAUCUCGUGCCAUGCACACGUUGACAAGAACAACAUAUUGGUUGGUGCCAGUCAUGGGCAAGUAAUGCACAUUGAUUUGCGAACCAGGACAAAGUCACCAAGAGAGUACUUGGUGCACAAGUUAAAGAGCGUCAAAGCAGUAACUGUGCAUCCAACCUGUAACCAGUACUUUGCUACUGCCUCUAGAGACGGAAAUGUUUGCUUAUGGGACGUACGGCAUCACCGAAAAAAUUUACCAGUAACAUCGUGCAGCCACGGAAGAAACAUCACUGGCUUAGAAUUUUCUCCAUUGACCGGGAACUCCUUGAUUUCUACAUGUAUGGAUGACAACUUAAGAUUCAUAUCCUGUGAUUUAACUAACUUAGUGGUUGAGCAGAAAAUCAGACACAACAACCAAACUGGCAGAUGGCUGACAACUUUUAAGGCUCGUUAUGUUCCCUUCCGUGAAGACUUGGUGGUAGUCGGCUCACUUCUCCAGCCACGACGGGUGGAAGUCUGGGGUUGCGAUGGUCAGCUGAAGUAUGAGUUUAUGGGUGAAUUCUUUGGAUCAGUUGCCAGCAUCGUUGCACUUCAUCCCACACAACCAAUCUUGGCAGGUUGCAACUCGUCAGGGAAAGUUCAUGUCUUUAAGGUCUGUGGUCAAUGUGGUUGGGCACCGUACCUGCACCCUGUCGUCCUAUCCCUUAUCCAUGUAUGCCUUCUAUCCCUGUCACUUUACGAUUAAAAAACUAAAACAAUAAUUUGGUUUAAAUCUAAACUUUUUAAUGGUUUUGUUUAUAUAAAUACAUUUUACAAUUUAGCUACAGAAUGUAAUAAGUUGAUUUGAAUUCAAUUUGCUCUUUACGUGUUGUAUAUCGGCGAAUACCAAGAUAAAUUAUAAAUGACAUUCAUUUUCUUUUAACGUAUUUAUCUGGUUUCGUCUGUAUAGACAUUAUUUUAUUUAUAUAUAUAUUUUUUUUUGUACAUUAUUAAAUUUUGCAGUUACACGCACACAAAAAGUAUAGAUUAUAUUAAAAGCCAAAUGUAAAAUAUUCAGCUUUAUAAAAAAAAUCUUGGAUUGAAGUUAUGAAGAUGAAGGUACAUUAGUGGCUUUAUAAAAUACUGUACACAGUAGUCUGAUCCAUUGUGUUCAGUAUCUUACAAAUAAAAUAUUUUUGUUAUCUAAUAAAAUGAUAAACCUUGA